UAUUUAUUAUUGACAACUAUCAUAAAUCAUAUAAAAAAAACUUGUUACUUGAAAUUACAAAACUAAUAUCAGAUGAUGCAACCGAGGGAAGGAUUUCCUCUCUAACGCAACGUAUUGUCAAAAAAGGUGUAUAAUGUGAAACAGUUGGCAAUCAUUAGUACUAAAAUGGUGCUAUAGUCGGAGACAUUAUGAUACGUAUUUAAUUGCAGAUCGAUCAAAAACAAAUUUUACUAAACGUACAUAUUUUCGAAAAUAAAUGUGACCCUUUAUCAACGUACAGAAUGCAGAUAGUGCAUUUUUCUUGGGGUCUCAUUUGGUACAUUUUAUCUAUUUCUCAAGUUAAUGCUGAUUAUAAUAUUACAUUAACACAUGAUGGCCCUGUAGUAUUAGGUGGAACUAUUACAUUUAAAGCUGAUAUCUUUUAUAAUGGUAUAAGACCAUCAGAAACAUUUAGAUAUAAAUGGAGUGACAAUGCAUUAACUCCUCAUAUAUACGAGACAGGGGCUAUAUCAAAUACAACAACAUAUUGGAAUUUAAAUAUUGCCCAUGAAAAUUAUACAAUUGGAAAAUAUGAAGUUGAAGUAGUGGUUUAUAAAUAUGUCGUGUUUUGGUGGCAGGAUGUUACAAGUGCCCGUACCGAGUUUUAUGUAACUCAAUCUUUCAAUGGAGACAUCAAAGUUAUACAGCCCAACAAAACAUCAAUGGAUACAUAUGUCUCUUCAGCAUCUGAAGCAAACAUGACAAUAAAUAUAAGAAAAGGAGAUAUGGAUUAUUUGAUGAAAGCCACAUCAGUAUCAAUUUAUUGGUUUAUAGAUUGCAGAUAUUUUGGUCAAACGAAUGACUUAAAUUUCCUCUAUAAUUUUACAACUCCUGAUACAUCACAUGUGUUAGAAGCUUUGAUCGUUGCAUCAUACGAUUCACCAACAACAACUGUUCCACCUACUACAACGGUUCUACCAGUAACAACAACAAUUACUCCUUCUAGUAUAACUGUGCCAAAUGUUACAAUAUCAAAUACUACAACAGAAGAUGUGGUAACUACUACCAUAUCUAGUAAAAGCAUAACUGCAAAACCAAUAUUAAUAUCUACAACAAUACCUAUACCUCUAAAUAAUUCAGAAAAUGUCAGUAUUUACAAUGUAAAUAUUUCUUUACCUUAUAUUUGUUCCAACUCUUCGAUAAUUCCACCAGAUCCUAAUAAAACAUAUGGGCACUUCACUAAAAAAAUUGAUGUUCGUGCACCUAUAAUGAAUAUAUCAGUAGAGGGUACAAAUUGGAUUCAACCAUGGGAUAUGUUAUCUCUUAAUGUAACAUGUAAAGGUUCAGGACCUUUUAAUAAGUGCCUUUAUUUUCAUAGAGGAAAGUAUAAUGUUACAGGAAAUGAAACAUGCGAUACAGAAGAUAAUCUUUAUUCUUGUAAUUUCUCCAUCAUACAUUAUUUCUUAGAACCUAGCAUAUAUACAAUAUUAAUUAUAUUAGAUAAUGAUGUCAGCAAACAAAUAUAUCCCUUGACAAUAAAUAUUUAUAAAGUGACAACAAAGCCACAGUUAUCGGUGAUUGUGGUACCUGUUUCUUGUUCUCUUGCUGCUGCGGUACUCAUUAUUUUUGGCAUUGCAUAUUACAUACAAAGUAAAGCAAGAUUUACAGUGGAAGUUGCAGAUUUUGACUUUGGUCAAAAUAAUCCAGAAAUGGAGUAUAAAACAUUUACAGAACGUUUAAGAGAUUCGAUCAAUAACGCUAUAAGGCCAGGAAGCAAACGGAUAAGUGGUUACAAACCUCUUAGUAAUUCUCAAACUAUUCAGUGAUGUUUAAAAUGAAGAAAAAAGUAUUGGAAUUAUCAAGUAUUUGGAUUAAAGACUAUGAGAGAUUGAACAAGUGAAGAAGAUGCUAAACGAAUGCUAAAAGAUGCUAAAUGAAUUACAAGAAGAGUUUCAGAAUUAAUGUAUCUUACGACAUUUUUAAAUAUCAAAUAAUUUAAUCAGGAAGUUAUUAAUAUUAUAUUCUUAAUAAUGCGAAUUUAUUCAUUCCAAGGAAUUUAUAAACGAAAUUAAAAUUGUAUAUAGAAUAAAUAAAUAUUGUAUAUAUAGGCUGUGUACAUAGUAUGCAAUGAGAUAUUGCUUUUGAUGUUUUGCGGAAAUGAUGUUAUAAUAUUAAUUUAUAAUAUUUUUUCUAGAAUUUUAACAUUGUGAAAUUUUAUGUAACACAUUUUUUCUACUUUUAAUGUGUUUAACUUCGGGUUACUGGAUUCAUGUACUACUUAACUCAUACAUUACAAGAAAAAUAUUGGUAAGCACGUAAUUAUAUAAGUAUGUAGAUUAUCAAUUACAAAAGCGUGAUAAACAAAAAGAUAUAAUACUUAUUUGAAUGAUACAUCUUGUAAUGCGAAUUUUUCGUACGUGUAUGUGCUUUUAUACAUAUACAUGCAAUUUGCAUAUACGUAUAUAGUAUUAAAUUUAAUUACCCAGAUAUAUGAAAGUAUUUCAAUAAGUUAUUUAGUUGAAACUACUUAUAAAAAAAAUUGUUAUGUUAGAUUGCGAUUUCAAUAAUUCAGUCAUAAAGUAACCUACUAAAUAGUAUUUAAUAAAUAAAAAUGUUCUUGUAAUGAA